CUUUGAUUUCUAUUGCUUGAAUUCGUGAAAUGCAGAAUACUGUAGUCAACUCACUUGCCUCCUCUUCGUUCUAAUUGGCUGUUACGGUCCCCGCGGGCCGGUGGUGGCUCCUGUAGCCUAAGAGGAAGGACUAAAGAUGGCGAAGACUUACGACUACCUGUUCAAGCUGCUGCUCAUCGGUGAUAGCGGGGUUGGAAAAACCUGCCUGCUCUUCAGAUUCAGCGAGGACGCUUUCAACACCACUUUUAUCUCCACCAUUGGCAUUGAUUUUAAAAUCCGUACCAUAGAGUUAGAUGGAAAGAAGAUAAAACUUCAGAUAUGGGACACUGCAGGACAGGAGAGGUUCCGUACAAUCACUACAGCAUAUUACAGAGGGGCAAUGGGCAUUAUGCUGGUUUAUGAUAUCACUAAUGAAAAAUCAUUUGACAACAUAAAAAAUUGGAUAAGGAACAUUGAAGAACAUGCCUCUUCUGAUGUAGAAAGAAUGAUCUUGGGCAAUAAAUGUGAUAUGAACGACAAGAGACAAGUAUCACGAGAAAGAGGAGAGAAGCUUGCCAUCGAUUAUGGAAUUAAGUUCCUGGAGACCAGUGCAAAAUCCAGUAUCAACGUUGAAGAGGCAUUUUUCACAUUGGGAAGAGACAUCAUGACAAAACUUAACAGAAAAAUGAAUGAAAGCAACUCUCCUGGAGGAGGGGGCCCUGUAAAAAUCACAGAGAAGUCUUCAAAGAAAAGCAGUUUCUUUCGCUGCGUAUUACUUUGAUGAACAAAUGAGAGCGGGAGAGUGUGUAAGACUGACUGUGGCACACCUGAUCUAAGGCUUCUUGACAGAUGCAGGUGUUGCAAAGGCCGCUAAAGGGAAAAAAAAACAUGCUGUUUGCUGAAAGCGCCAGAUAUGAGACGGUUGCCGUUAUAAAUUUCUAGAGAGGAAAUUUAUUCUAAGAAGUUGGGAUCUUUUUCAGUUUGCACAAGAAAAAUAAGCAAAGGAGUAUAAAUUAUUUUAAUUUUCCUUUUUUUUUUUUUUUUUUUUUUUUUUUCUUUCUUUGAAAUGAGCUCCACUUUUCCCUUCAGAUUUCAGUUCCUGUAGCUACAUAACUGGAUUUUAAAUUUACAUUUUUAAGAUUCAAAAGGUUUUUUUUUUUAACUGCUUUUUUUUUUAUUUGCACAGUUUUAAAAGAAGCAAUAUGGACUUAUUUGCUUAUGGAAUUGCUCUUUUAAUGUCUUAAAUGUUACCCAAUAACAAAGGUAUUAUACUAUUCAUUGCUAAUAACAGGAAAGAAGUGAUGUACUUACAGGAAGCUGUGGGUGAAGUAACUUGCAAUGCAUCUUAUUAUAUCAAGUUUAGAGACCGUCCCACUGAGAAUAUUUAUUAAUGCAUUUUCAUGUUUACACUAUUUCUCGGUUAAUCUGGCACAAGAUGUAAAACGAAACAAAAAAGUUUUAGGGGAAAAAAAAACCAAAACACAUCUAUUAUAUUCACAAUUAUAGUUUCUGAAUAUAUGUUAAAGGGACAGUAGACAACAGUGAAACAACAAUCAUUUGCAAUAUACGUUAUUUUUUUGGUCCCCUUUUCAUGUAAUUUAGUUCUGAGAAUUGAGGACUUUCUAAUUCUCAGAACUUGAAAGCACAAAGCAGACUUCUUAAGGCUAACCCUUCUACAUAUAUUUCCAUAAUUGGCUUAUAUAGAUCAGAACUACACUAAAUAUUAACAAUAUGACUGUGGAAAGCUUUGUCUGCAGACUCAAGCCUGGAUUGGGUGGAGUUUGGCUAUUGAAAAAAAAAUUCAGCAAAUUAGAUGCUUGUUUUUAGAAAUGUUUAGACUUCACUUGUGUUAUUCUAAUGCAAGACACCAUAAUGUCUUUUAAUUACAAUGUGUUUACUGUCCCUUUCAACUUCUAAAAGGAGCUGAAGCCUCUACAGAGUGAAGCUGCUAGGUAUUUUUCUUUAUAUUUGCACCUUACUUCCAUCUGAAAAAUACAAUUUUGUGAAGAAA